AUGGAGGUGAUCAACGAAGAUGACCAGAUGAGCAAUGCUAAGACAGCUUCUAAGUUGUCGGAUUCAGCGUCGGAUGAAGGAUUCAACUCGGGAAAUCAAUCACCAGAGCCAGAGGAAAGUUCCAGAAGACGAGAUCGAAGAAGAAAUUUCAGAGACGAGUCGAAAAAGCGCCGCCGAAACCGAAAGGACAACAACCCAAUUUCAAAGAUCUAA